AUGACUGCUGAGAACUACAGUGUGGCUACUGACUUCACAUUCCGAGGACUUUCAGACAGAAGGCACGUUCAGCAGAGGCUUUUCCUGCUCUUCCUGCUGGUCUAUGGCAUAACUGUGGUUGCCAGGGUAGGGAUGAGCCUGCUGCUCAAGGUGGACCCGAGACUGCAUACACCCAUGUAUCAUUUCCUGAGCAAUCUUUCCUUCUGUGGUGUUUGCCAGUCCUCUGCUGUCUCUCCCAAGAUUCUGGCUGAUUUCCUAUCUGAGCAUAAAAGGAUUCCAUUUGACUUGUGUGCUAUACAGAUGUAUUUCUGGGGGACUUUUGCAGGUGUGGAAUGUCUCAUGUUGGCUGUCAUGGCUUAUGACCAUUAUGUAGCCAUUUGCAAUCCACUUCUUUAUACAGUUUCCAUGUCCAGAAGACUCUGUACCCAGCUAGUAUCUGUUGUCCACAUGAAAGUUUUGGUAGAUUCAGCAAUCCACACCUGUUGUACAUUUUGAUUAUCAUUUUGCAGUUCUAAUGUCAUCAAUCACUUUUUCUGUGACAUCCCACCCUUACUAGGCCUCUCCUCCUCAGAUACAUCCAUCAGUGAGAUAACGCUGCUCAUAUCCAGUAGCUGUGUUGUGGGGACCAGCAUUAUCCCUGUCCUCCUUUCCUACAUCUACAUCACAGCAACCGUCCUUGGGAUAAACUCAGCCAAGGGGAGACGCAAAGCCUUCUCUACCUGUGUCUCCCACUUAACCGCUGUGGCUAUAUUUCAUGGCAUGCUCCUGUUCAUGUAUUUCAGACCCAGCUCCAGUUACUCCAUGGACACAGACAAAAGAGCCUCUGUCUUCUACACAGUUGUCAUCCCCAUGUUAAACCCACUCAUCUACAGAUUAAGGAAUAAGGAUGUGAAAGUUGCCAUAAAAAAUAAGUAA